AUGCAGACCCGCCGCAAGAGCCUCAAUCUGGGCGACCUCGGCGUCAUCGCCCCAAAACGAUCGCGAACACAGUCACACCCCUCACCGCCCGAAACCGUCGUCGAAGGCGAAGAGCCUCCGGUGAAGAAAUCAAAGCGGUCGCAUACAUCGCUAUCGCCGCCUCCGAACCUUAUGAACCCGCCCCAGGCCACCGUCAUCCGUUUGAAAGAGGAGAAGCCCAAGCCGGCCGCAGAACUGUCACCUCCACCCUCCCCAGUCGCCGAAGGCAGCAACAAGAUCGACACUGAAGGUAUAAACGAUGACAUUGUUGUCGCGACACUACAACAGUUGGAGAAGACGGGAAACAGGCCACAUCUGGUCAAAGAGCUCGCUGCGACACUUGCGACAAAGCUACACGCUGUCGAAAAAUCUGCCAGUCCUUCAGCGCUGAUAUCCUCCCGGCUGACGGCUUACCUGCACCGUCAGUGGCCUGCAAUCAGCCCUUGUCCAUUAGCCAAGGAUCUGUCGCCAGUACACCCCCGUCGACUCUAUUUCUACCUGACCACCACUCCCCACCAGCCAAUCCCGGAAGUCGCCGAGCCAGUUCCCAAGGCAAAUCGCAUCAUUUCUCCCUCGCUAUCGUCUGCAUCUGCCGCCGACGAAGAAGAUCGCUACUUGCGACAACGACAAGCAUUAUCGCCGUCGCCAGAAGUCGACCUUUCAUCUCCUGAGCUCGACGAGGACCAUGGCGAUGCCCCGCCAACACCCGGCGGAUCAUAUUCGGGCCGCAAUUCAAUGUCUCGGGAACCUACAAGCUACGCCCAUCCGAGGAGAGCCGCGAGUCCACCGUUGGAGAACGAGGAGCGCGACUUCAAGCAAACGGCCAGCGCGUUGUACGAGGAGGCGCAGAAACGUCGAAACAGCCAACAAAGCCAGCAGGACGUGAACAUGGAUCGCGACGUGUCGGCAGGCGCAGAGCAGGAUACGAAGAGCGUGACCAUGUCCAUCGAGGGCGACGAGUCGGAGGAGAGUGCCGCGCUGAAGAAUAGCGAAGCAGCUGUUGCGCUUUUCGCGGCCGAGCACCUGAAACUGCCCACGUCACACAACAUGGACUUCAGCAGUCCAGUACUUCAGCCCCAGAACGGGUUGCGGAUCGACACCAUGAGCGAGGCGAAAGUUGGAGAACACAGCGCGGACGAGCAAAUGGAGGUGAUGCUCGGUGGGAAGGAUUACCACAUCGACCUCCCGGAGCCUGCAUUUGCGUGGGAGAGCUUGCAGAGUCCGGAGAAUAUCGAGAUGGACGAGCUCGACGAUAUGUUUGAUGCGUACUAG